CCCCAACCCCACCCAAAAGGCUGAGAUGAUAGGUAGUCAGACUCUAGCUCCCAGCCAAAAAAAAUAUAUAUUUUUGGGGUUCCUAUCACUGGGAAGUCUGGGGUUCCUAUCACUGGGAAGUCUUCAGGUAGGAUGAUGAGGAAUGUAUGUCUCCGAAUGACCAAGGUUCCGAAAAUCGUGACUCUAUAGAGACUGCUCCGGUCUCCUUGGAAAGGGAGGUGUGGCGGAGAGGGGAGCCACACUUCCGGCUCUCCACUUCAGGGUCUGUGCCCUAAGAGUCUGUGGGAGGUCCUCCUAACCUUGUUCUUCCAGCAACUCCACCUCCAUCCUGCUCCAUAUUAUUGCUUGUUUCUCUGGUCGUUCCCGCCCUUCCUAUCUUUUACUAGUAUCCUGUUUUCAGCCACACGGAGCUUCGGAUGAGUUGGAAACUUCUCAGGAAUAAUGCUAGAGGGCAGGGGAUGCAGCACCUUCCUGGCAAGUGCGAGGCCCUGAGUUCUAUUCCCAGGACUUAAAAAAAAAAAAUAGGAUUAAUGCUCGAGUCUAUUUAGUCUCCUCUUGGCCGGUGGUUUGCCCUUAAGGACAGGGCAGGGCUCCUUGGGCCAGACCACACCUGUGUGUAGGCAGAAAAAGAGAGGUCACUUGCAAAACAGAGUGUGGGAGGCCCUGGUUCCUCAGGAUCACCUUGCUCCUGGGGGCCUGAACAGCUGCUGGGGAGGCAGCAAGGCUGGGCGUGCCCUAGGUCUUCCGCAGAUCUCAGCUGGGGACAACUCCAGGUGGAGGAUGAAAGUAGCACCUCUCUCCUCACCCUCAAGCCUGAAUUCACCAGGUUUUAAGCCAGAACAGAUGGCAGGAGAGAGCAGCUAAGGAAAUCCCAGUACUUAGGAAGGCGGCUAAAAACGUUUCACGCUCAGGUCAGCAUAUCAAGUGCGUGAUUUGAGGAUUCACUGAAAUCAGUUGCCACAGAUGUAAUAUCCAUUGGCUGCUUAACGUACAGCGCUUAUAGGCACAAAGAUACAAAUGUACUGGGCUGGUAGUCGUCAGGUCCAGUCUCCUGGGAGCGGCCCCAGAGGCUCGCCCCCAUCCCCCAGGGGGCGCUGUGAGCGCCUCCGCCGCAUUGCUGGUGGCAUCCCCGGGGAGGAGCCUCUCCUGCAGCCGCCGCAGCCUCUGCCAUAGCAAACCCGGAAGACGCCUCCGGCAGCUGGACUGUGCGGGCUGGUUCUGCACGGCCAUGCAGCCCCUGGAGGUAGGUCUGGUUCCCGUUCAAGCGAGGGAGCCUAGACUGACCCGCUGGCUGCGGAGAGGCAGUGGGAUCUUGGCGCACCUGGUAGCUUUGGGCUUCACCAUCUUUCUGAUUGCGCUGUCCCGGCCAGGAACCAGUCUUUUCUCCUGGCAUCCAGUAUUCAUGGCCUUGGCGUUCUGCCUCUGCAUGGCUGAGGCCAUCCUAAUCUUCUCGCCUGAGCACUCCCCAUUCCUCUUCUGCUCCCGAAAGGCCUGGAUUCGGCUCCACUGGGCAGGGCAGACCCUGACCAUCCUCUGUGCUGCCCUAGGCCUGGGCUUCAUCAUCUCCAGCAAGAUCCGCAGUGAGCUGCCGCAUCUGGCAUCCUGGCACAGCUGGCUAGGAAUUCUGACGCUGCUGGCCACUGGUGUCCAGGCACUGUGUGGGCUCUGCCUCCUCUUCCCCCGGGCAGCCAGGGUCUCAAGGGUGGCUCGCCUGAAGCUCUACCAUCUGACAUGUGGACUGGUGGUCUACCUGAUGGCGACAGUAACAGUGCUCCUGGGAAUGUACUCCGUGUGGUUCCAGGCCCAGAUCAAAGGUGCAGCCUGGUACCUGUGCCUGGCACUGCCCCUCUACCCAGCCCUGGUGAUCAUGCACCAGAUUUCCAGAUCCUACUUGCCAAGGAAGAAAAUGGAAAUGUGAGUGCCUCCGAACAGGAUUCAGGAGGGAUACUUGCCUUGAACUUCAGUGGCUCCUUGGUGAACUUCAAGGGACCUACUUUAGAAGUUGUUGGAUUUUUGUAAUUUAUAAUUGGGCCAGGGGCUGCAGAAAUCCAAGCAUAUAUUAUUGAGCGAUGAUUCAGUAGGCAAAAAUGGGGAAGUGUACUGGGUACAAGUGGAAGGUGAUAGAGAACUUCAGCCUGAAGCCUCCACUCUUGAUGAGAGACAGAAGUAUUGGGUGGUGGUGGUGGUGGUGGUGGUGGUGGUUUCCUGUUUGCCUGAUGAAGAGUUGGGUUUGUGCAAGUUAUGAAUGAAAGACACAGAUACUUGAGUCCCUUUUGAGAAAGCAAUGGGAUGUAGUGGAGAAAACCAGUGGGUCUUGCUUGUGGUCCUCUUAGGUUAUUGUACAACCUUAGGUAAAUUCUGCAUCGCAGGACCUCAGUUUCUUCAUCGGUGAAGCAAAUGUUUCUAAACCAUCUCUAGGUCCCUUUCAUCUCUAAUAUUUGGUGUAUUUCACCAAAGCUGAUGUCACUGAACCCUCUCCCAGCUCACUCCGUCCUAUGUGGACCACUUGGCAGCCUCAGGAUAUAACUUUCAUAUUCAUUCUCCUUUUACCCCCUUGAGAAAGACGUCUGCCCUUGUAGCCCUUCAGAAAGCUUGUUGAUUUGGCUCCUGGACCAGGGCACAAAGGAUCUGGCACUGUUGAAAAAAGAGGCCCAGGGGAAUGUCUCCUGGACUCUAAGACAGUAAAGGCACUAAAGUCACUUUAAAAUUUGUGAAGGUGUGAAGGGCAUUGGCUUAGCCAGUGCUUAGCUUAGUUUAAAUUAUUAGCUUCUUAUAGGAUCCUUAGCUCAGCUAAGAAUCUCCUUUAGCCCACCGCAGGACCUGGCCUGCAUAACCUGGGCGUGCUCCUUCCCCGACAUCCAUUCUCAGGGCAAAGUAGUCUUGGGCAUCUCAUGUUUUGCUCUUCUUAGGGCUCAGGGUCUCACCUUAGCACAUAGCUUCAUGGAGCUAUUCUGAUGCUUUUAGAAUGAAAUAAGGAUCAAGGAAGUGGGUAGGGUUCUUCUGAUCCAGGGAGAACAAAAUCUCCUUGGUUCCCUUUCUGUCCCUUUCAUCUAAGCUUUCCUUAGUUGUCAUCUGUCAGCUCUUCGACCUAAGAGAUGGCUUGGUUUGGCCAGCUUGCAAAUGAGGGCUGGGCUCUCUUCCCUGCAGAAAACUUUCCUUGUUGUAACUGAAAGUAGUUCCCCAGACUGCCUUCAGUGGUAAGGGCUGGAUGUCAGAUUGGUAAGCUGUGGUCUAGCUCAUUCAGGGCAGUGAGAGCUCCAUAGAUCAAGGAAGGAUUGGAGACAACUGGCUUUCUGUAGAGAUACAACCCACUGGAAACUGGGAGGCCUGGGAUUGGGGGCUAGCACUCCAUUUCCUGUGAGCCGGGAGAGGCCUUCUUUGAUGUCAGUAUCUUCAGUGUCCCAGGCCUUCUGAAGCUUCAGGGCUUCCUCUCCAGGUGACUCAGAAGCAAGCAGGUUGGUGUGAUUCAGUAGCAUAGGAAUGAGGACUGUGAGGGCGGAAGGAUUCACAGCGGACCUCACUGUAUUUCUCUUGGGUGAGAUGGCAUCUUCCAGGAGCUCUCUAGAUACUGAGCAUCUAUAGGAUGUGCAGAGGGUGAUUGUCCUCUUUCCUCCCCAUACUACUCAACAUGAUAUAAAGUUAGAACCAGUAGUUACUGGGUUGCAUGGAGGAGAUGCUCACCUAGGGUCACUUUGAUCUAGAGAUUCCAUUUCUCCCCUAAUCAUAGCCAGUGCUGGGGCUCUACACAGGGCGAGAGGGCCUGGUAAGGUUCAUCAGCCUGCUCUGAGCAGCAGGCAAUGCCGGAAAGCCUGAGCCUGCCUGAGGUGUUGCCUCCUCCCAGGUGGUGCGGGGGUUGGUGGGCGGGCGGGCAGGCAGGCGUGCUGACAGCCGGCAGUUUGCGUGGGCUGUGCCAUCUGAUGUCUAUUCCCAGCCCUGGGAGGAAGGGUAAUCAUUUAUAUUCUGCAGGAGGAAGGGACCCAUCUGUCGCCUCUCUGACCAGUGGGCCUGGAGGGCAGGGGCACAGGGCAGAGACCAGGGCUUAGGUGGUCUGCUUAGCCCAGUCUGACUUCAGUAUAGGGAAUAGGUCACCAGCAGGAGCCUCUUUUUCUGCUAGGCCAGAUUGUGGGGGAACUUCCCUCCCCUCCCAUCUUUCCAUUUCUCCCUCCAUCACCACCUGUCCUCACAUCCUGGGGCAGCAGCUGGACAACCAUUAGACCUCAGUGCCAGGGCACUCUUCCUCCAGCUGGGCUCUCGGUGGCUGCCCACAACAUAUGCCUCCCGGCUGUGUGCUCCAUCCUCCUCUCCCCCUCCCCCUCUGCUCUGUAUGGCCUAAUGUCUGGGUACUGGCUGGGCUCCUCACCCAGGCAGAAGACUUCCUUCCUUCUCAAGGGAGAAGCAAAAUGGCUACCCUUUUGCCCUUCUUCUCUGACAAGGGAAAGCUGCUUUAAAAAAAAA